UCGAUCAUUAUACAGAAAAACUCUACAGUUAUAAAUAGGAUGCAUGGAGUAGAAGGAUGAAUGGAGUUUGCCACUCGAAAUUACAAGUUGUUUCUUCCCCUAACUCCAAAACAAGUUGUUUCUAAAGCAUAUGAUCACCAUCGCACUGAUGUUUCCUUCAAAACACGCGCUUUCAACGUUUUUUUGGUUGUCGGUGACUGCGUUUUAGUCGGUUUACAGCCUAUACUUGUAUAUAUGUCAAAAGUUGAUGGCAAAUUUGAGUUCAGUCCCAUUAGUGUUAAUUUCUUGACUGAGUUGGCAAAAGUUGUAUUUGCACUAGUAAUGCUAUGCUUUCAGGCUCGAAGCCAGAAGGCUGGCGAGAAGUCUCUUCUCUCUUUCUCCACAUUGUUCCAGGCUGCUCGGAACAAUGUGCUUCUGGCUGUUCCAGCUCUGCUUUAUGCUAUUAACAACUACCUGAAGUUUAUCAUGCAGUUAUAUUUUAACCCUGCUACUGUAAAGAUGCUGAGUAACUUGAAGGUUUUGGUAAUUGCAAUCUUGUUAAAGAUGAUUAUGAAACGUCGUUUUUCCAUAAUUCAGUGGGAGGCUCUUGCACUAUUGCUUAUUGGCAUCAGUGUGAAUCAGCUGCGCUCUCUGCCAGAAGGUACAACAGCUUUGGGUCUUACAGUGACAACAGGGGCAUAUUUGUAUACCUUGAUUUUCGUCACUGUUCCUUCACUGGCUUCUGUCUACAAUGAAUAUGCUUUGAAGAGCCAAUUCGAGACCAGCAUUUAUCUUCAGAAUUUGUUUUUGUACGGAUAUGGUGCAAUCUUCAACUUCCUAGGCAUACUUGGAACUGCCAUUUACAAAGGACCCGACAGUUUCGAUAUCUUACGGGGACACUCACGAGCAACAAUGUUUUUAAUAUGCAAUAAUGCAGCUCAGGGAAUCCUGUCUUCGUUUUUCUUCAAGUAUGCAGAUACAAUUCUGAAGAAAUAUUCAUCAACUGUUGCCACUAUUUUCACUGGAAUAGCAUCUGCUGUUCUGUUUGGGCAUCCCCUUACUAUGAACUUUAUCUUAGGAAUCUCCAUUGUGUUUAUCUCGAUGCAUCAGUUCUUUUCACCUCUUGCAAAGGUCAGGGAUGAGACACAAAACAGCAGUCUGGAAAUGAAUUCUCAAAAAAACUACAGGUCAAAGGAUGGAUCCGUCAUAAAUAUGGCGGCUGGGGCAAAUGAAGAUGCUAGCCAUCGCGUAGGACCUGAUGAGAAAGAACCCCUUCUUCCACGUUAGUUACUAUAGCGUACUUGAUGGAUGGUUUUAGAGAAGCAAGGUGUUAAGACGUGUCGUUGGCCCUGGCCAAACUCUUAGGUCUGCUGUUUGAUCCCCAUUAAAAUUGAUAAUGUCUUCCAUUUUUGAGAAAUAUCAAGUUUAUAUCUAAGCGAUUUGAACAACCUACUCUAUAUUCCUAAUUAAAUAUUCAAAAAUAUUAGUUUAGGCGUUUAAAAGUGACACCUUGUGGAUGUGGCUGAGUAUACCUAAUUCUACAGACGAGGUGGAACUCAUCUUACUCUGUUCAUCAUAAUAAAACUUUGUCUGUAUCGGUGCUUGAAACUUAAUAAUGUGUCUGAAAACAGAUCCAGCUUGGUACCUCCUAGUUGCGAAUCUUCUACUAUAUAUAUAUAUAUAUAUAUAUAUAUAUAUAAUUAUGUGCAUAGGUUCCAAGGCAUAUUUUGUACUAUAAACUAUGGCGUAAUGUUUUGCUAUUAUCCAUGGUUUACGUGGGAUGUGACACUGAUCCUAACCCUUCCCUUAAAAAUGAUCCACAGUUGGUUAUAGGAAAUUCAAAGUACGUGAUAAAUUAUAAAUCGUGAUGUGCUCUAGAGUAUCUAUUGAUCCCUGAAUU